UCGCUGCCUUUUCGCUGUUCUCGGGAGGAGGGAGGCCUUUGGUCCCGCUCCGUCUUCCAUCCGCCUCCAUCCGCGUCUGUCUGCCUCUGUCCCCGCCAUCCGCCUCCAUCCUCGCCAUCCGCCGCCGCGAUGCCGCCCAAGUUCGAUCCCAACGAGAUCAAAGUCGUUUACCUGCGCUGCACCGGCGGAGAGGUCGGAGCCACGUCCGCGCUGGCGCCCAAGAUCGGACCGCUGGGGCUGUCCCCCAAGAAGGUGGGCGAUGACAUCGCCAAGGCCACGGGCGACUGGAAGGGGCUGCGGAUCACGGUGAAGCUGACGAUCCAGAACAGGCAAGCGCAGAUAGAGGUUGUUCCUUCUGCCUCGGCUCUGAUUAUCAAAGCUCUGAAGGAGCCACCUCGUGACAGGAAGAAGCAGAAGAACAUUAAGCACAGUGGCAGCGUCACCUUCGACGAGAUCGUGAACAUCGCGCGGCAGAUGCGGCACCGCUCGCUGGCCCGGGAGCUCUCGGGGACCAUCAAGGAGAUCCUUGGCACUGCCCAGUCUGUGGGCUGCAGCAUUGAUGGGAGACACCCCCACGACAUCAUCGAUGACAUCAACAGUGGCGCCAUCGAGUGCCCAGCUAGUUAAGACUGCAGAAAAGGAAGUUGCCAGAUGGAGGCUCCUUCAGUUUUUUGUAGCACUUUAAAUACCUAAAUAAAGACCCAGUUGUCUGCAA